GGCGGCAGCACUGGCAGUCGUGCACCGCGCGGACGCUUCUCCCAGCAGUCUGUCGUGUUCUGUCGCAGACGAUACCUCAUCGACACACGUUCUCUACCAACGCGACUGUUACGUUCUUUACCAACUCAAUAUUUUCCCGCCAAAAAUUACGCGCUCUCCCGAUGUUCUAUGAUUUUUAUUUACUUUUUUGAAAUAGUGACUCUACAUUCGACCAGUGAUUAAUAACAUUUUUGUGAUGCGUUGUUUUUUCGUAAUUUUAGUUUUAUUCUUUGUGUUUUUACCAAGAUCAACUGAGGCGAUUCGAUGGUUGGCCUUGCACGAGAGCGACGGCAACUGGACAGAGAGCGAGUGCGGCGGUGCGCGGCGUGGCGGAGCGCUGUGGGGUGCGCAGGCACGAGCUUGCCGCCGGCAGCCGGCUGCCAUGCCGCACGUGGCAGCCGCUGCUCGCCUCGCCCGGAACACCUGCCUAACGGCGCACGCCGGCGAACGCUGGAACUGCUCUUCUAUCGAGCUGGCGCCCAGGUUCACGCCAGAUCUACUCACAGGUACUCGUGAACAAGCCUAUGUGUACGCGAUAUCGGCGGCAGCGUUAUCGUGGACGAUGGCGCGAGCGUGUGCGGCAGGCACGCUGGCCGCCUGCUCGUGCGCCACGCCCCCGCGCGCACCGCCCCGCCCGCCGCGCCAUGCCGCCCCGCCCGAACCGCACGCCAGCUUCAAGUGGGGCGGUUGCGGAGAUAACUUACAAUGGGCUGAACGGUUUGCUAAACAAUUCCUUGACGCUCAUGAAAUCGACAUCAGAGACGGUAGAAUUGAAGAUGUAAUCGAAGUGGAAACGACGACAACGGAGAAGCCGAGGACGACGACGGAGACUAUCACAGCGCCGCCUGUCGUGAUACUGGUGGACGACGAGCCCGCGCCUGCGCCCGCCGCUAACCUCACCGCCACGCAGAGGCCACGCAAGGGCCGUCGCGGACGGAAACGGCUGCCCAGGUCUCCGCGACGAGGCAGGCCCACGAGAAAAAGGUUCAGAUCGAGAUACGAGUAUGAAGACAGAGGGUCUCGCCACCGCAACAUCGAGUACCGCAUGGCGGCGGACGACCCUCGCUUCGACCCGCAAGUGGACCUGCGCACAAGACUCGACACGCUGCGCCCGCUCAUCGCGGCCGCCAACCUCAUUAACUUGCGCUUCGGCAGGAAGGUAGUAUCAAGCGGCAUGCGGACGAAGUGCACGUGUCACGGCGUGUCAGGGUCGUGCUCGGUGCGCACGUGUUGGCGCGCGCUGCCCUCGCUGACGCGCGUGGCCGCGGCGCUGGCGGGCGAGGCGGCGCGCGCUGGCCCGCUCAAGGCGCACGCCCGCCGCCGCGCGAGGCCUCGCCCCCGACUGCGCUACGUCACGCCCAGCCCCGACUACUGCGAGCCCGAGCCCGCCGCCGGCUCCCUCGGCACACACGGCAGAAAGUGUAACGCGAGCCUGGGCAGCGGGGCGGGGGGGUGCGCGCGGCUGUGUUGCGGGCGCGGGCGGCGCGCGGUGCGCUCCAGCCGACUCGAGCGGUGCCGCUGUCGCUACCACUGGUGCUGCCGCGUCGACUGCCAGCUCUGCCGCGUCACCACCGAGGAACACUACUGCAACUGA